UGAGAUUGUGACCAUUGUCCACUACAACCACACCAGGCAAUCACUCGACACGCAUAGAGUCGUCCACACACGGCUUUCUCUUCAGGAUCACUGUUCCCAGCGUUUGGAAUACCAGCACAGUUCAUCACCAUGUCGGCCCCCAACGCCGUCGCCAGCUCGUCCAAGCACAAGGACGGCAAGCACAAGGACAAGUCGUCCAAGAAGUCCAAGGAGCACAAGCACAAGUCGCACAAGGACAAGCUCCCCAAGGCGGAGCGCAGCGCCGUCGAUGGGCCGUUCGAGCACCGCGUUCAGCGCAUGCGGCUGAGCGUGCCGCCCAAGUUCUCUGCCGACUGGCUCGAGGGCGUGUGUGAGACGCUCGACGGCAUGCUCAUGCGCUACGUCCCCCAGCUCGGCGGCGUCCUGCUCGCGCACACCAAGCACGAGCUCGUGGACGACAUGGUGCGCAUCAUCAACGAGUGCCCCUUCGGUGUCGUGGACGUUCAGUUCCACUCGAUCGUGUGGGCGCCCAAGGUCGGCCAGGUGCUGUAUGGAACCCACUCGCUGUCGUCCCCAUCUCACAUCUCGCUCCUCUUCGCCAAGACGUUCAACGUGUCCAUCCCGCUCAACCACAUUCCGCUCGGCAAGUACGAGUUUGAGCACACGGACUCUCCAGACGAGGACGACGAGUCGAGCGACGAGGAGGACGAUGGCGACAUGUUUGGCGCGUCGCCCGUGCACGAGGUUGGCAGGUGGAAGGAGACGGCGACGGGCAGCCAGCUGGGAGCUGGCGGUGAGCGUGUGCGCUUCACCGUCAUCGACCUUCACGUCACAAACCACAUGCUCAGCCUUACGGGCUCGCUGCUGGAUGACCCCUCGCAGGCGCCCGAGCUGCCUACAACUGCUGCCGCCUCGCCGCGUGAGCCGUCGUUCUCGCCCGAGCUGCCCGACGUCCCACCACCGGCCAAGGUCGCGCGCGUGUCGCAGCCCAAGCGGGCGCCGGUGGCUGCCGCCGCUCCGGCAAUCGACGAGAGCAACUUGACUGCCCGCGAGCUCAAGAAGCUCCGCAAGGAGCAAGCAAAGGCCAAGCGCGACGCGCGCAAGGAGCGGAAAGAGGGCGCCGAGUUCGAGGACGAGAAGGAGGACGAUGCCUCUGCCCCAACAGGCGGCAAGCGCAAGGCCGAGGGUGGGGCCGACGGCGAGCGCAAGAAGCAGCGCAAGGGCGACGAGUAAGGUGUACGGGCUUGGGGAUUUCAUGUACGCGC